UCCCCCCAAUCCAUCCAAGGCCUCUCUCUGUCAAUCAUGGCCUAUAAUCAUAGAAAGUUAUCCUUAGAUUCACCACCCAGUACAGGCAUACCACCAAUCUGUUCACAAUUUUAUUGCGACCCUUUACAAAACAAGAAUGGUACCUGCCCAGACAAAUGCAUACCUAUGUGUCGCUCCAUCUGUCGCCACUCUCUAUCACCACCACCGCCACCAGCAGACCCUCCCUGCCCCACACUUUCUUGCCCUCCAAACACCCCCAAAAAAUUUCCUCUCAAAUCCAUCAUUCCUCUUUCCAUUCUCGCCGCCAUUUUCCUCCUCCUCUGUUUCCAUAUAAUCUACAAACACUACAAGAAUAGGCAAAGAAACAGAACAAUAUCAUCAUCACCACCACCACCACAACAACAACGACAAGAGACCCAUUAUGAUUUUCUUGAUCAUGGACCAGUGUUGGAUCAUCCGAUUUGGUACAUCCGAACCAUUGGUUUGAACCCAGCCAUCAUCCAUUCAAUUCCAGUUUGUAAGUAUAACAGAGUCAAUGGAAUUGUUGAAGGAACAGAGUGCUCUGUUUGCUUGAAUGAGUUUCAAGAAGAUGAGACUCUUAGGUUAUUGCCCAAAUGUAACCAUGCUUUUCACAUACACUGUAUUGAUAUCUGGCUCAGAUCACACACCAAUUGUCCCCUUUGUCGAGCCAGUAUUGUCACUAACCCGGCCAGAUUGCCAACGCAAUUGCCGGAGCAGAGUGUUCAGAAUUCGAUUGUUUGGGAGGAAACCCAGGUUGUGAUUCCAGAGGGUAGUGGUGAAUUGAGGAGAGAAACAGAGGAAGGAGGUGAAUUAGGGGUUGAAAGUGGAGAAAAGAGACAUGAAAUUGUGAAGCAAGAGGUGGGUGAUGAGAUUCGACCAACGAGGAGAUCUGUGUCUGUAGAUUUUUCGUCGGUUUCAGUAUUCAGUGCUGCUAUGGGUAAUGCACAAUCUGGAGAAUAUGAUGGCAAUGCAAAUUCCCAAGUCGUGAAAGUGAAGGAAUUUGAUAUGGGUAAUGUUGCAAAGAAUGUUGAGGUCAAUCAAAGGUUGAUGAGAUCAAUGGGUGAUAACUCAAUUGGGAGAUCUUUGCAAAAAGGUCCUGCUUUGAUGAAGAGAUCAGUGUCCUGUUGUGAGAAGGCUUCGUUGAACCCGCACGGGUAGCCCAGUGGUAAAAGGGGCAUUGUCUUGGGAUGAACCGUAAAUCCGGACAUCUUAGAUUCGAUUACUAUUGCACAUAGUUUGCCAAUAAUUUCAGGUAUCCGGAGGUGACUCUACUUUUGGAGAGGUUUCUCAUAAAAAAAGAGGCAAAUUUUAUGAGGGUCAUACUUACAUUUUGUUGCUCAUGUCAUUUUGGUCCAUAUAUCCUCUCUCAAUUGGCUCAAUUUUGAUAAUAUUAGUUAGGAUUUUGGAUUUUAAAAAAUGGUUACUCAGUUAGUUGAGAUUUGCUGACUGAGUAGAGUAAGUUUAUAAUUUUGUCUU